GGCGCGGGAACUUCCGGCUUUGGAGGCCCCGCCCCUCGGCGUCCGUCAGCGCGUGAGGGAGUUUGUCCCUGCGCGCGCGCCGUCGGCGCUAAAGCCCGCGCGGGAGCAGCGAGUUGUUCUACUUCCGGCUUGGGCGGCCCCGCCCCCUCGGCUUCCGGCAGCGCGUGAGGGAAUUUGUCCCUGGGCGCGCGCCGUCGGCCGCCCGCGCGGGAGCGGCGAGUUGCUCCACUUCCGGUUUUGGAGGCCCCGCCCCCUCGGCGUCCGUCAGCGCGUGAGGGAGUUCGUCGGUGGGCGGCUCCGGCCGAGGAGGAGGAGGAGGAGGAGGCGGUCGUGGUGCGGCAUGGCGUUCCGUCAGGCGCUGAAGCUGGCGGCGCUGGGCCUGGCCGGGGGCUCGGCCGCCGUCAUCUUCUCGGCCGUGGCCGUGGGGAAGCCGGGCGGGGCCGCCGGGGACGGGCCGGCCCGGCCCGCGCAGCCCCCGCAGCCCCCGCAGCCCGCACCCGACGCAGGGGGCCGCGGGGGAUUCUGGGACUCCAACUGGGACAGGCGAGAACCGAGAUCUCUGAUUAACCUGAGGAAAAGAAACACGGAGACUGGAGAAGAGGAGCUGGCAUCUAAGCUCGAGCACCAUAAAGCCAAGGCCACCAGGCACAUCUUUUUGAUUCGGCAUUCCCAAUAUAAUCUGGAAGGCUGUCUGGAUAAAGACAGAACGCUGACACCGCUAGGUCGCGAGCAAGCUGAGCUGACCGGGCGCCGCCUGGCCACCUUGGGGCUGAAGUUUGACAAGAUCGUGCACUCCUCUAUGACCCGAGCUGCCGAGACCACUGACAUAAUCAGCAAGUACCUGCCCGGGGUGAGGAAAAUCAGCACUGACCUGCUGAGAGAAGGAGCACCUAUUGAACCAGACCCUCCCGUCUCGCAUUGGAAACCAGAAGCUGUGUAUUACGAGGACGGGGCCCGAAUCGAGGCCGCUUUCCGGAACUACAUCCACCGGGCUGACGCCAAACAGGAGGAGGACAGCUAUGAGAUCUUCAUCUGCCACGCCAACGUCAUCCGUUACAUCGUGUGCAGGGCCUUACAGUUCCCCCCUGAAGGCUGGCUCCGGAUGUCCCUCAACAACGGCAGUAUAACCCACCUGGUGAUCCAUCCCAACGGCAGGGUGGCCCUCAGGAUGCUUGGAGACACAGGAUUUAUGCCUCCCGACAAAAUCACCCGUACUUGAACGCGUCGUCGCCGCGCUGCCAGCCGGGCCGCCCGUCCAGAUCUCGUCCGUAAAAUCCCCGUUAGGUGUAGGGUGACGCUCGGUUUUCAAAGCCCUUCUCUCUCCUUCCACUCCCCUCCCGCCAGCCCUGCUGGCUGCCCUUCACUCCGGGAAAGCUCAGGUUUUGAAGGACGGCGUUUCCAUCCAACAGAACACCCGGCGCCUUUCGGACCAGAGAGGGAGAGGGGACGUUUGCCGAGUGUCCCCACUUCCCUAGAUCCCGGCUGCGGCAGAAAUCUGGGCGACACCAAAGCGUAGGUAGGGUGAAAAGGGGUGAGGCUACAGGGCUGACCGUCUGUACAAACUCACAGUGGGCGGGCGGCGUCUUGUGCGGGCGUCUCGUGACGAUACAGUGCAGAGAAGUUUCAUUCUGCUAUACGUCAAGUCGUGACUUACCUCGCCACCUUUCAGCCCGUUAUCAGGAAGACGCGCGGCUAAUUUUUCCGACAUCCCGUUAGAAACCCCGUUCUUUUUCAAGAGGCCUUCUGAAGACUUUUUCCUCUGUGGUGGCAGCUCUUUCGCAAGGAAAACGGAACCACGUGGAGUAAAAAUGGUACCCAAGGCGACCAGUCCAUCGCUUUGCCCCCCACCGGCCCGGGUUUUCUAGCCUGAACGGAGGGCCCCGUACGGAGUAAAGGGGCUGUUACCCCUAGUUCUCGACUCGUGCCAGUUGUAAAAAGUUUCUCACGGCUCCGGCCUGCUCCUUUCCUCUGUGCCUGUCUUAGAUUUGCCGCUCUUCGUGGCCGGGGGGGGAGGCGGGGAGGGCGUCUCUUGAAGCCGAUGAUCUGAGGCCGGCCGCUGGGCUUUCCUGCCGGGGGGUAGUAUCCCGUUUCAAUCUCUCCGCUUGCUCUCGGGGCCAUUAGUAACGGCCCGGUCCGGUAAAGUAGCCAAAAAGAGCGGAGCCGUAAGCUUCAGAAGGUAAGCCCAGCCGCCGAGUCAAGGGACGUACCUGUUUUCGAAACCAUCGUUGUGGCUCUGAAAAGCAGGCGCGCCGAAACAGCGUGUAGGUGAUGCAGUCAUGAAAGGAGCAGCCGCUCUUUGGGCCCAAGCUGAGGGCUGAUCAAAUCCGGGGCUGCAUUCCUCAUGUUGGGAUCCAGCGGGAAGCCUUACUAACCGGAAAGAUGAUGGUGAGAUCCAUCCUGACUUUCCGUGCUUCUGCCGCCGGCUCCGAGAGGGGGGAAUCCAGCCACCGUGAACCCUCACGCGGGAGGUGUGUCGAUGGGGAAGGGGCGGCUACAGACCCGUUCGCGACCAUCGGUGGCUUAAUGCAGGCAAAAAGCGCGGUGGGAAGAAGAUUCGAGAACCUAAACCGGGAGAAGGAAGGAGGCGUUUUGUGUUCGUGCGGCUUCAACUCAGUGCAAGUACUGAAAUAACUUAUCAAUUUGUGCAUCUACUUUUUUAAUGUUUGCAUAAUAAAUUGUUUUAUUUUA